AUGGACCACCGUCUGAGUCUCCCAUCGCCAUGUCUGCCCGCCGAAAUAUGCGACUACAUACUCGAUUACCUAUGGGACGACCAUAAGACCCUCCAGGUCUGCAGCCUCGUCACGCGAGAAUGGCUUCCCGAGACACGGAGACAUCUUUUCCAUUUCGUCCGUAUCAUCAGCAACGAGCGGCGCGUCGCCUUUGAGGAUGUGAUUUCUCACUCGGGAGGCGCGGUGGCGCUCGGGGUCCGCGUGCUGGACUUAUGGGAGCGUAACACGAUUCCCGUCUCCCUGCCUCAAAUGCUGGCAUCUCUCGGUCGGCUGGAGAAGCUCACCCUCCGUGUUUACGUGUUGGACGAUUGUAGCUCAUCCGCGGAGACUAUAGCAUGGCCGGUACUGCCUAUGGUGAAGACCCUUCACGUGAAAAUCAGCGUCGUCAACGACAUCGCCAGCCUGCAGCGAUUCAUCUGCGCAUGUCCCUCGCUCUCCUCCCUGAAUAUCCAGAUAUGA